UUAUACGUUUUGAUAAGAUUUUUUGAAUUUUUGCAUCUACUACGCAUUUGAUUUGAUUGGAUUGUAUUAAAUGACAAUUUCAUUUUUACAUAUUGCUUCCGUCAGAAAAAAACAAUACACAAAAUGACGACAACACUUUCGGAUGAAGAAUUUUGUCGAUUAAAUGAACAAUUAUGUGAAUUAAAAAAUCAAAAUUAUCAAUGUGAUGUAAGUCUACGAAAAUCGUUACAAGAGAAUCAAACAUUACGAGCAGAAAUUGAUCAACUUCGAAGACAAUCGACCACAACAACGACAACAUCAUCAACAAAUGAAUCGACUGAAAAAUUGAAAAAAUUGAAUCCAUUUACAUUUGCCAAAAAUGUUGCCGCUAAAGUUGAUCAACGUUUACAUCAAUUUUCAUUAUCAUCAACAAAUGAUAUUCAUCAUGAUGAUAAUCAAUCAAAUCAAUCUUUUAAUGCAAAAAUGAUUGAACAAAAUUAUCAGAUAAAAAUAAAUGAAUUGGAAAAUAAAAUUCAGCAAUUAGAAUUGAAAAAUUCUGAACUCUCAAAUUUCGAUACAAAUUCGAGUAAAUGUGCAUCAAUAAUCAAAGAAUGUAUAGAACGUUAUGUACAAAAAUCGCUUCAACGUCAAUCACAUACUGAUAUUUCUACAACAGAUUCAUUCUGGAUUGAAUCAGAUUACCAAACACUUGUUAAUGGACAAUUCGAACAGAAACUAAUUGAUUCAAUUACAAAUUUAGAUGAUUUUAAGCUUAUAAUUGAAAAAUUUAUUCAAUAUUUUGAACAAAAAGAGGCCAUAUUCGAAAAUAUUUUUGAUAAAAUUAAUAAAAAACAACAAGAAUCAACUAAUGUGAUACAAUCAAAUGAUGACUGUAAUGAGCUAAAUGAUAAUCAGCUAAAAGAAUGUAUUGAAAAAUAUGAAAAGUUAAUAGAAGAACGUGAUUCGAAUAUUGAAAAAUUGAAUCAACAAUGUCAAAUGUUGGAAAAACAAUCAUCUGAAGUCAAAAUGAUUAAUAAUGAUUUUGAAAAACAGAUAAAAACGCUUGAAAAUCGUAUUGUUGAAUGUGAAGAGGAUAAAAAAAUUAAUGAGAAAAGAAGCCUUAAAUAUCUUAAAGAAUUGAGAAAAUUGGUUAAUAGUGAAAAAAAUCGUGCAGAUAAAUUGCAAAAUAUUUUGAAUCAAGAAACAAUCAACACGAAUGCUGGUCAAAACAAUAAUAAAAUAACGACAACAAAUGAAUGGGCCAUUAAUAAUAGUGGUACGGCUAAUAGCGAUCGUUGUAGCAGUACCGGAUCAUGGACUUACAUGAAUGAUCAAUCAUCAUCAUCAUCGGCAAUUGUUCCUAGUAAAAUUGAUCCAGAAUUUUCUGAUCUUGAAAUUUGUGAUAUAAACAAUAAAAAUAUGGAUGAUAUUCAACAAAAUCAAUCUACUAAACAACAAUCAUUAUCAACGUCAAAAAAUCGAAAAUCAUCAAACGGCAUGUCCAAAGAACGAUAUUUAGAAUCGGAGAAUAAUAAAUUAUUAGAAGCAAUUGUUACCUUACAUCAAGAAAAAUGGUCAUUAGAAGAGCGUGUUAAUAUUUUGGAACAUGAACUUCAACAAUGUCUUCAGAAUUUAACCAAUGGUGAUAAUGGUGGUAAUACUAAUGAAAUACCCAUACAGCAACAAAAAUCAUCACCAACUUCAUCGAUUAAUUCAAUAUUAAAAAUGAUCAACUAUAUAAGGGAUAAAAGUUCGGAUACACAGAAUUCUAGACAACAGAUCAAUGAUGCACAUCGAAAAUUACAACGUAUGGUUGAAGAAAUUUUAACUAAAAAUAUGCAUCUGCAAGCUAAUCUAGAGGAUAUGAGUCGUGAAUUAGAAUUUACCAAAGAUCGUCUUCGUCGCUAUGAAGAACCAACAACAUCAUCAAAAUCAUGAAAAUAAGAACAAUAAUUUAAAGAAUUAUUUGCCUUUUGUCGACAUAUAUGUGUUGCAUUUUAUAUAUUUUUAUUAUUACACAUUAUUAUUCAAAUAA